UACAUAGGCUAAUUUAGUGGGAGCGGCGGGUGAGUCGGCUUGUCAGAGUGGUUGGUGCACCGUACAAUAGGCAGAGAGCACGCAGCAGCGCACAGCACACACACUCACACGCAGAAGUGCUCUCCAGCAGCAGCAGCGGCGGCGGCGGCAGUUUGGUGGCCGGUUGCCCGCCUCUCCCUCGUCGGUCGGUCGUUCGGUCUCUGCGCCUCGCAUACAUACACACACUGCUUGACGCUCUCUUGUUGUCUGCGGACGCGGUUCUGCAAUUUCGGGGGACAUGGACCCCGAGGUGGAUUCGAAUCUCUGCUGGGCCGACGCCAGCUCCUCCGAGCAGCCUGACGAGCAGCAGUACCUGCCGCAGGGCACCGACUCCCUGAGCUGCCAUCCACAUCUGGACCAGCAGCAGCAGCAAGAAGACACUCUGCACCACCACCAAGACCCGGAGUUCAAGGGUGCUGACGAGCAACUUUUGGUCGGCGGGCAGCCGACGGCGGGCGUGACCCCCGGGACCCCAGGGUCGGCGUCGCACGGCGGCAACGGCGGGGGCUCGGCGUGCUGCGAGAGUGGCCGGCCCAUUGUGGUGGACCCUGUGUCGGGACAGAGCGUGUGUUCAUGCCAGUACGACGCCCGCUUGUUUUCCUCCUACCCUAGACUGUCGACCUACGGCGCCACAUACCCAUCCGCCGACCAAAGCCCCUACUCAGGCAUCGACAGCUCGGCCUUCUAUUCACCCCUGGGUAACCACUAUGGCCUAAAAGAUUCAACGGCGGUGGCCGAUGUGGCCUGGUCGAGCGGGCUGCAGCCUACGACCAGCUAUUACCAUCCAUACGACACUUCCCUCGCCUACGCGUAUCCUGGCGGAUAUGACUUGGCGGCGCGGCGCAAAAAUGCGACCCGCGAGAGCACGGCCACCCUCAAGUCAUGGCUUAAUGAGCACAAGAAGAACCCGUACCCGACCAAGGGCGAGAAAAUCAUGCUAGCCAUCAUCACGAAGAUGACCCUGACGCAGGUAUCCACGUGGUUCGCGAACGCGCGGCGGCGACUUAAGAAGGAGAACAAGAUGACUUGGGAGCCAAAGAACAAGACGGACGACGAUGACGACGCUCUCGCGUCCGACGGCGACGAGGACAUCAAGGACAACAGACAGCCGAUGCGAGGCAUGGACCAUAAAAUGGAAGAAAAAGGUGCCCUUAUGAUGGCGCAGCACCACCUGCAUCACCUGCACAUUAAGCCAGAGAUGGGGUCGAUGAUGCUGGGCGACGAGGACGAGGACGACCCGCAGAAGCCGCUGAUGCUAAAGGACGAGGUGAAGAGCGACUGCGGCGUUCCGAUCCCGGCGACCAAGCCCAAAAUUUGGUCGUUGGCGGACACGGCCGCGUGCAAGACGCCACCUCCGACGAUGCAGCUGUCGUCACAGCCAUGGUUGCCACCGAGCAACAACAGCUUCGCGCUGCCUGCCUCGAUCAGUCCGUCGGCGGCGACGGCACCCUACUCGCGCUACAACCUCCUCUCGGGGGGCUACUCGGGGGCGGCGGCCGGGGGCCACUCGGCGUGCUCGGUCGGCGCAUCGGGGUUUCCCGAGGUGCAGACAGACACGCCGCCGCAGACGCCGCCCAACAUGAAGCUGCCCCCGGGCGGCGGCAACAGCAGUGGCUUCGGGGGCCAGCCCCAGCACCCGUCGCAACACCAGCACCACCACAUGCAGCAGCAGCCACCCCCUCAGCCCCCCGGCACCCACCCUCACCCCCAGCAGCAGCAGCCGCAGCAGCCCCCGUCGGCCCAGCAGUUCAUCCAGACGAGCUAUGGGUCCUACAUUGGCCACAUGACCUCGUCCCACGCUAAGGACAGGACGAAGGACGCGAUGGGCUACCACUCGCAGCACCACAUGAUAAUGAACGGUGCCGCUCCCGCCAACGUGCAGGGCGCCGCCACCGAGGGGUCCACGGCCUUCAAACCCUUUUACAAAAGUGCGCAUCCGCUGAGCGGCUAUGUGUCUCCUGUGUAGCUGGUGCGAGCAAGCGACUCGUCCCAUCAGCCCGGCGUCUCCGUCUCCGGCCAGAGAUGCCGCAGCCGCUGAGGAGGAUUGUUUUUGUUACACGGAGUGAACAGUGAACUCAUUUUUGCUACAAAUCUUUGCAUAAUGGACGUGAGUUUAUCUUGUUUUCUGGUGGUGUAUAGUCCAAGACUGAAACGUGAAUUUUAUUGAUUCGUUCUCGAAUGAUCGCGCGUGUUGUAAACUUUUAAGUUGUAUAUGAGCUGAAAAAAUGAUGAAUUGUUAUGUAUAACUCCCUCGUCCCAUCAUCAAAGCUAAUUCUCUCGACUUCAUCGGUGGAAAACUUACUAAUUGCUGUAAUUAAUGUCAUCCUUUUCCGUGACACUUUAGUAAAAGAAAUGUUUUGAAACAUUACAUACAUCUGUAAAAUUGCGUUUUGUACACAGAGAUUUUAAAGGGCCAAUCGCCUGCUGGUGUAAAAAUCGUCUGACCUCACGUCGGUACAGGUCAAAAUGUGCUCGGUAAUUUUUCAAGACUUAAUUUUGUGAUGAAAACUCCUAAACAAUGUAAAGCUCAUUUGAUUUACAAUUUUAUUUGAAUAAAAUCUUUUAUAAACGAUAAACAUAUCAAAAAUAUUUUUUUUCGUCUGCCCAUUUUUUUAAUUUUUUAACACAUUUAAUUUACAGGAAUUGAGAGCACGAUUUCAAAUUUUAGUCCUGCCGACUUUUUCGAGAGUUGUUCUCCGCCAGCAAGGCAAGCUACGAUAAGCGUUUCCUUUCGGCUUGCAAAAGUUAUUAUUUGAAAUUUUAUUAUUUUAUCAAGUGUAUGUGUUGUGUUUGUUGAUUGAUCAUCGGAGUUUGCAUUUAUUUAACUGUGAUAAACGGUAAAACUGUACAGACGAAAAUCCUACAACAGCUGAAAAUCCAACUUCUGCGAUGGAGACAGAUUUUCUUUUUCCGAAAACGCAAUCCGCAAUUUACGCCCUGAGAUGAGAAAGUGUAAUACUUAAACAGGAAGUAAGUGACAGUGCAAAUUAAGGUUAAUUAUAUGAUAAAAAAAACUAUUUAUUGUUUUCCAUUGUCAAUAUACAUACAUGUGAAGUUACUGAUUAAAUAAUAUGCGUGUGCGGGGAAAAAAAUUGGAGCUCUUUUUUAAUGUACAACUCAAUGUUUCACUGGUGCAUUCUCCGCAAUUUAUUUGUGUUUUUAAAAUCUGAAUUGACGCCGAAAAAGAACGAAACGAACGCCUACUCUGAUUGUAUAUAUGGGUAAAAUGUGUGAAUGACGAGGAGAAAUUAUGUAAGGACUAAAACUAACGAGGCAAGAUGUAAAUGUAGUAUGUAAGUGCAUCAGCAGUAAUAAUUUUAUCUCUCGAUUCAUUCAUCCAUUGCUACUCCUACACUACACACACGAACAGAAAACACUGAGAUGCUCUGUAUUAUUAUUAUUAUUAUCUUCAUUCAUCGCUGCAAAAUAAAUAAGUGAAAUCUAUAUAUAGUACGAGAAUAAAAAGACAUAAACGAGCAAAAAGCGACA